AUGGCCGCCUCAACCAACCGAUCGUUCGAAUACUUGGAGCAGCUGCCUGGCUUGACUUUUCAGAAGCUGUACCAGCAGCCUUCGACAGCUCUUGCAAUCUUCCGGCGCAUGCUUCCCGACCUUGCAAAAUGCCUUGUGAUGGCCGUGCUCUACAUGCGAGACCCUCUUCCGGCGGCAGAUCUCGAGUUAUGGGUCAAAGCAGAGAGCAAGAAAGAGCGGGACCAUGCUAUAUCCAUCCUGGGAAGACUUCACAUCAUGACGAAUACGAUGACCUCGAAUCAAGUCCGAGCGUACAUGGUGACAAAUCCGUUCGCUUCAUCUUUGCGUCAAGCCCUUACUGGUGCUGAGAAUUCUCAGUCUUUUGGUGUACCUUGCUCGACUCCCGAUCCGAACGCUGUGUCGAUCGCAGAUCUAGAUGAAUAUGCGCGGAGGCAAUGGGAGGGUGUUCUCGGAUACAUGGUUGGGACUAGUGGACCUGGUGUUCGCGAAACCGUUAGCCUCAGUCGAGGUGUAAAACAACUCUUACAGGCUGGCCAUCUCGUCGAGAUUCACCACGGACGAGUUGACAUCACUCAAGAUGGUUUCGCCUUUGUGUUGCAAGAUGUGAACACUCAGGUUUGGCAGAUCAUCAUCCUAUACGUUGAAAGCGCCAAAGCAUUACAAGUCAACGACGUAGAAGUGCUUUCUUUCAUAUUUCUUCUAAGUAGCCUUGAGCUUGGCCAGUCGUAUGAAAAGAGGCAUCUCACACCGGACCAACUGCGCGCUCUGGCAGAUUUGACAGAUUUUGGCAUUAUAUAUCAGCAUGCACCAGCAUCUGAAGCUGACCGAUUCUAUCCUACACGCUUAGCAACCACACUCACUUCCGACUCCAGUGCUCUUAGUAACACGAUGUCAAGCUCGUUAUCAGCGCAAACAAACGCCGCUACGGGAGAACCAGGAUCAGGAUUCAUCAUCAUCGAGACAAACUACCGUCUUUACGCAUACACAUCGUCACCCCUUCAAAUCUCUCUCAUCGCACUAUUCACAACGCUCAAGUACCGGUUUCCAAACCUCGUCACUGGUAAAAUUACACGACAAUCCAUCCGUCGUGCUGUUGAAAUGGGUAUUACAGCCGACCAAAUUAUAUCCUAUCUAUCUACUCAUGCACACCCUCAAAUGCGGAAAGAAGGCGCAGUCAAAUCCACCUCGAAUACGGCUGGAAUACCGCGGUCAGUGCUACCGCCCACAGUGGUCGAUCAGAUUCGACUCUGGCAACUUGAGAGGGACCGCAUCAAAGCCACUCCGGGGUUUUUGUUCAAAGAAUUUGCUUCUCUCGCAGAAUACGAGGGUCCAUGCCGUUAUGCAGAGGAAAUUGGAGUCUUGGUCUGGAAGUCAGACCGUAAGCGCAUGUUCUUUGUGACUCGAUAUGAACAAAUAGUUUCUUAUCUGAAAAGUCGAAGUGCAUAA